CUAUUAUAAUUAAUAUUAUAAAUACUUUUUAUAGUUUGACAGAUUUAAAAUGGCAAUACGCGGUGACUCAAGCACUACUGCGAUUGUUCCUUUUCUUCUUACGAAAGAUAACUAUGAAGAUUGGAGAAUUUACAUGAAAAACUAUCUAUUGGCUCAAGAUCUUUGGGGCAUUAUUGAAUCUGGGAAUGAUGUUGGUUUGCUUUCUUCUUCAACUGAUGUGGGAAAUUUGAGGAAAAAGAAUGCAGCAGCUCUACAUGCAAUUCAUACUACAUCUUCACCAGAUAUUUUUGCUCAAAUAAAAAAGUUUGAGUCGGCCAAAGAUGCUUGGAACAAAUUAGCCCAAAUGCAUCAACAGAGGUCGGAUGAAGGAAAAAAAGUUGAAAUAAUUGAAAUGACUCAUUUUGAGGGAUCAAAUAGAGAGGAAGAAGAUGGGAUGACUGAAGAUUCUCGUUGUGUAGAACUGAAAAAGAGCAUUUGCAACGGAGAUUGGAAUGCUGUAAAGCAGUUUUUCGUUUUUGAUAAACAUCCACUAGAUACAAGAAUAGUGUCAGACAGAGGCUACACUGCUCUUUAUGUUGCAAUAGAUGCCGGGCAAGAUAAGAUUGCUGAGGAAUUGGUAAAGAUGAUGUCAGAAACAGAUCUGGAAGUAAAGAGUGCAAGUAACGCUGGCAGUCGCACCGCUCUCAACGCUGUUGCAAUAACGGGAAGAACACACCUGGCAAAAUGCAUAGUCCAAAAGAACGACAAAUUACUUACAAUUCGAAAUGAUAGUGGCAGAAUCCCAGUAACCAGCGCAUGUUCCAUGGGGCACAAGGAGAUGACAUACUACCUUUAUUCUGUCACCCCACCCGAAGUAUUUCAACCACAAGUUGGCAAUCAUGGAUUCGAUCUCAUGCGGUGGGGUAUGGAUAACAAAAUGUUAGGGUUAAAGGUAAAAUUACCUACGACUUCGUCUGGUGAAGUUCGAAUUCCCAUUACCGACGAUCAAGACCACAAAGAAAAGAACAUCGAAAUACAAGGAGUCAAACAAAUUUAUAAUUUGAAGUUGACGAAUCUUUACGCCCUUGAGAUUCUUCGCUGUAUGUGUAACCAUGUUUCAACAUUCAAAGACCAACAUCUUUUGGAUUGUGGAGUGGUUAAGGCAAUGUUUGAAGCUACCCAGCAGGGCAUGGUUCAAUUCGUCAUUGAGCUAUUGAAAGUCACUCACCCAUUCAUUUACCAUGAUAGAGUUGGAAGAAACGUUUUCAUGGUUGCAAUCCAAUACCGUCGAGCAAACAUUUUCAACCUCCUACCUGGGAUUCAUGAGGCCUGGAAAGCCCGAAUUCUUAAUCGGGUAGAUAACUAUGGAAACAGUAUGUUACAUGUGGCAGGAGAGAUAGCUCCUGAUUUUCGACUGGCUCGAAUCUCUAGUUCAGCAUUACAGAUGCAACGUGAAUUACAAUGGUUCAAGGAGGUGGAAAGAACUGUUCCAGAAUGGUGCAAAGAAUUUAAAAAUAUCUAUGGUGAAACCCCUUAUGAAAUAUUUUCAAAGAGCCACAAGGGAUUAGUGAAAGAGGGAGAAAAAUGGAUGAAGGACACAGCAAGUUCUUUUAUUAUUGUCGGUACUCUCAUUGUGACGAUCUUGUUUGCUGCAGCUUUCACUCUUCCAGGCGGCAACGAUGACAGAACCGGAUUUCCCAUUUUUUUACCGAGAAGAGCAUUUAUGAUAUUUAUAAUGUCUGAUGCAGUUUCCUUCUUCGCUGCAUCAGCUUCAGUCUUAAUGUUUCUGGGAAUCCUAACAUCGCGCUUCGCUGAAGAGGAUUUUCUUAAGUCCUUACCCAGGAAGUUGAUCAUCGGCCUCUCCACUCUUUUUAUUUCUAUUGCAGCAAUGACGGUUAGCUUUUCUGCUGCUCUUUCGAUUAUACUUCAAGAUCGAUGGUGGGCAAUCAUUCCCAUAAUUAUGAUGGCUAGCAUUCCAGUUGCACUUUUUGUAUGCUUGCAGUUUCCCCUCCUCGUUGAAAUUUUUGUUUCGACAUAUGCUCCACAAAUUUUUAACAGAAAAAUGAAGCCUUGGCUAUAGAGGAGAGCAAGUUAAUUGAUGUUUUUGGAACGUAAGUGAGCAGUUUCCCCUCCAAGUUGAAAUUCUUUAGCUUGUUCUUUGGUUAUGUUUGUUGGAACUCCUAAUUUCCCUGUUUAUUUGGUUGGAUAUAUAAUCAGAUUUCUUGCUUUAAUUAUGAGACCGUGGUCUAUGUAUCUUCCCUAUGUAAAAACAAUAUUAGACAUGUUUGGUUAUAUUUUCAGAUUUCCUGCUUUCUUCCUAGUAUAUAAAUGAUUAAUGUCUUG